AUGUCGGCGGCCGACCGAGCAAGCGGCUCCCCGUCGUCCUCCGGGACCGACUCCGCCGAGCAAGACGACUUCGAGCCGUGGAAGAUCUGCUGGGAGGUCAACUUGGCCUUCUACGAGGUGGCCAGCGGGCCGCAGACGUGCCUCGUAUGCUGGAAGACCAACGACUACGGCGGCGGCGUGUACCGGUCGACGCUGUGGAUGUCGGUGCGGUGCUGGAGCGGCCACGGCCAGGGCAACUUUGACGCCUGCGAGCCCGGCGCCGCCCCCGGCAUCUGCGCCCGCUGCGACCAAGACUACCUGCUCGACGUGCUCAAGGGCAAGCACGCCUGCCGCCGGAAGGGCUGUCGCCGCCUGGUGCGCGUCAACGAGGGCAUGGUCCGGAAGAGGCUCGCCAGCGCGCCGGCAGAGACGCUAAACAGCUUCUCGGCACUGGUAGAACGGAGCAAGGUGUUCGAGUGCAUGGUGCACUGCGACGAGGUAGCGUGCAGCGACGACGGGCCGCCGGCGCCGACGUGCGCCCACGACCAGAACGUGUGCGACGACUGCGUCCGGACCGAGUUCGAGGGCAAGAUCCGGGCCAACCGCCUCAAGGACCUCAAGUGCCUCGACCCGGACUGCCGGAAGGAGGUGCCCAGCAAGCGGGUCCGCGAGCUGGUCGGGCCCGAGGCGCGCAAGAUCUACGACAAGAAACUCGCCCUGACUUCCAUCUCCAAGAACCCCAAGUUCCGCUGGUGCAAGUGCGGCAGCGGGCAGAUCCACGCCCCUGGCGAAACAUCCCCAGAAUGGAAGUGCCUCAACUGCCCGCGGCAGAACUGCUACGUGUGCAACGACAUCGACAUCACGACAUGCGCGCACCUGCGAGCGGUCAACGCGGCGCGCAAGCACCAGCAAGAACAGCAGCGGCGGGCGGCGCGGGCGGCACUCGAGAAGAAGCAGGCCGAGGAGCGCGAGAACACGGCGGCGACGCGCGAGCACCUGGCGCGCACGUCCAAGCUGUGUCCCAAGAAGGACUGCGGGCUGCGUAUCGCGCGCGCCGCCGGCUGCGGCCACAUGACGUGCCGCGGCUGCAGCACCGAGUUCUGCUGGGUGUGCAAGGUGAUUUGGAAGAACCGGGUCCCGCUGCACCUCGACACGUGCUCGCUGGCCGCGACCAAGAAGACGACGCUGGCGGCGCUCGACAAGUCCGACUAUGCCAAGGGCUGGCAGGACGACAGCCGGUACGAUGAUUCGGCGGACGAGGGGAUAUGGCUGUUGGACGGGCAUCGGUAG